UAAGUUUGGAUAGUGCACUUUAAUGCCUAUUUUAAAAAACGGGGGGUGACAGUUAAAGGGUUAAAGGAGUAGCGGAUCCACUAUUAGAGGGAUUAACUGUAAACUAUUUCAAAACGAUUCGUUUCUAGCUGAUGAUCGAUAAUAGUGACAAUCCAUCCACCCGAUUUAAAGCGACAGAGAACAAAAAGAAUAGACAGAAACUGUUUAGUUAUGAUCUGAACUGUUCAUAAAACCAUUGUAGUACCACGUUACAUUUAAAAACAGAAGGGAAAGGCACGCACGCAUGUGGCAGAGCCGCGGUGUAACGCGUGGUGUAGGUGUGCCGCGUGGGGCUGAUAUUCCAGAUGAGCGUGACGCAGGAGUCCUCAUUAAGCUAAUGGACUGAUCUGAGAUCUGAUACAGUCAACUCCAGCAGCACAUCAGAUCGCUUACAGAUCCGAUCUGAACGCGCGUCGGGCGACAGCGAGCGAAGCAUAGCGUUACAACGCUCCGCGACACACAGACGCGCCGCAGGUGAGACAUCUGAUGCUCCAUCCGCGGGCGACGCUGAGAUGAAGGGCUGCGCAGCUCCGUGUCCGGCGCGGGUGAUGCUGCUGUGAGGAACAUGAUGUUUAUGGUGUCUGGAGCGGUUCUGGUGCUGGUAAGAAGAUCUGCUGGGGAUUACGUAACUCUCACACUGACCGCAGCCGAACUUUACUGACCAUUGUAUGCUUUUCUGUGGACACGCGUGUUGAAAUGCAGUUUUAAACGCUGGUCGCUGAGAAAUGGCAGUAGUUUUGGUGUUUUCCUGUCCAUCGUGUGUGUGUCCGAUAUGAACGCGCUGCUGGACCGAGUUCACCGCUUCAUCCUACCGCGCAUGCGCGGACCGGAGCGCGCGCGUCACUGCACCUGCGGCAGGCACCGUGUGGAGUACGUGAUCCCGUACGAGGGCUCGGUCUCGUCCAGCUCCGUCGGCGCCUCCGCGGGGGGCAGCGUGAGCAAGCAGGAGCUGGACCUGGUGCUGGGUCUCCUGAUGGGCUUCUGCAUCAGCUGGAUCCUGCUGUGGCUGGACCGAGCGCUUCACUGCACACUGCGCUUCUGGAGGUCCAGCAGACACUGCGGUGCGGACGGUGAUCUGUGGCGCUCGUGGCGCUGGGUGUCGCGCGUGUGUAACCUGCGAGAGCUGCGCAGACGCCUGCAGACGCGCCGGACGGAGGAAGGUGGCGGGAAUAACGUGGUGCAGGUCAAACAGAAGCUCUACCACAACGGUCACCCGAGCCCUCGCCGCCUCUGACAGACUCCGCCUCCUCCUGCUUGCUGUGUGUUUUUCACUGGUUUACUGAGUGUUAGUUUUGUAGGGCUCUACACGUCACCGGGGGGUGGGGGGGGGUUUGCAUUUUUUAGACCAAUCUUUGUGUACCGGAUAACAGUGUCUGUUUUAGAAACACGGCAUGCUGGGUAAUCUUCAGUGAGCGGGUGUUCGGUGAGAUGUGCUGCUGUAUUCAGUGUUUGUGUGACAUUAAAGUGACUCGUUUGAUGAAGGCUCUGU